AUGUUCAGGCCCCCUACAUUAGCCAAUAGACAGUCGUCGUCAACCCAAGAUCAACAUGUUGUAACCUACGUUGAGCAAGCUAACAAUAAUCCUUCUGCUCUGAAGCAGAUAAUGUUGGCUACUGCAGUUUUAAACUUAACAAAUUCAACUGGCCAACAGACUCCAUGUCGUGCCAUAUUGGAUUCCGGGUCUCAGGUCUGUCUUAUAACCAAGGAGUGUGCAUCAAGACUGCAUAUUAGUGGAGUUCAAAGUACAAUAUCAUUAGCUGGUAUUGGAUCUGUAACUGCGAAAACUGGCACUACGAUAAGUACAACCAUGUGUUCACGACUUAGAGACUAUGAAGCAUACAUCAACUUUCAUGUAAUCGAUUCGAUAACAACCAAGUUACCAAUCCACCGUGUAAACAUCAAUCAAUUAAAUAUUCCAGACACAAUAACUUACUGUUUAGCCGAUCCUGGAUUUCAUGAACCAGGCAACAUUGAUGUACUGCUUGGUGCAGAAUUAUUUUAUGAGAUAUUAAUUGGCGAAGGCAAGAAAACACAAGAGGGCACUGUUCUACAUAAUACCUGUUUAGGAUGGGUGCUAACUGGUUCAAUGCCAAUUGCAAAUUCUCAUAUGUGCAUGCCAGGUCUAUUAAUACAGUGUCAAUCAAUUUCGUCUCUGGCGCUGACAGACCGUCCCACUUGUAGUGUCAAGAAUGUCCAGUCAAUAGUCAAAUCACAUUUUACCAGGACAGUAACCCAGGAACAUUCUAGCCGAUUUGUGGUCCAAUUGCCAUUCCUACGUGAUCCUGAGUUAUUAGGCGAUUCAAAAUUUAUGGCGCAACGGCGUUUCUUCAACCUAGAGCGAAAGAUGAACCAAGAUCCUAUGCUAGCUCAAGAAUAUAAAAUUCAUGGCUGA